AAUCCUUCCAACUCCCCAUCUGCGGGUCGCUGCUUAGAAACUGAGGAAAGCCUUGACAGUGAUGUCCAAUCAGGAGUAGCUAAUCUAGUAAGGCGGUCAUUAAUGAAAGGACAUUGAGGGUUUAAAGCCUUAUUGGUUAUUGGAUUCCUGUCUUCAGCUUCGACUUACAAACUCUCUCCCGCUGCCUCACAAACACACAAAUUCAUUUGGGUAAACAAAUGUUGGACACAUUCCCUGUUUUUUAUUGGACAUAAUCCUGCUGACGCUGGCCGAUGUCACUGCUUGACUCCAUCCCGCUCAGCUCCCCAGGGGGCUGAGCCGACCUGCGGGGGAGUAUGGGCAGGAGAGUGGCUGACCCAACCAAUCCGGUGCCUGCGCUGGGGGUUCCCCUGGCAGGGGGGAGAUGGGGGCCGCUGUGCAGUGUCGGGGUGCAAACAUCUCCCGGGCUGCGGACUCUUUCCUCCAUCAAACGUCACGGCAGCCAACCAAACAACUCACAUCGCCCGCAAUCCAUGUCAAUGGACAAAACAACGACAUGGGGAGAUCUCAGAAGUGACAGCAACAGUCUGCUAGUGUCAAAGGACACUUCUCAGAACGAGAUUAACACCCUGACACAGGAAGACAUGGGGUCACAGGGGUCGGGCAGCGGAGUUUACUGCCAGAUAAAAAAUAUACGAACAAACCCCAAGGACACUAAAGAUAAAAGGACAGCUCGGUAUACAAAUGGCAGUGUGGUCGCCUCUGACGCAGUGGGAGGGGUCUGCACUGACGCCACAGAAUGUAAGGAGCCGGCUCGGGAGAGGAGGAGGGUGCAGUCUCUACGAGGGGAGGGCCAACGCUCGGCUUUGAAGACGGGGUGUGUUGGUACGACCGUGCACGCCACCCCGCCGCGGCCCUGUCGAGUGAUGCCGACUUCCCCACCCAACAUGUGUGGGGCAUGUGGGCGGAGACGAUCACAGAUUACACCGUGCACAGGAGCAUGUCGCAGGAAGGCUGUCAAUCAAAUAUCAGCCAGCCAGACUUUACCUAAUCCGCCACGGAAACCGUCCGUUGCUCCCAACCAAGCAAGAAAAGAGCCUGCCCUGGACUCUCUGUCUUACACCAAAAACACAGCAAACACCCCCCGACAUACAUCACUAAAGACUUCUCAAGUACCACAGCUGUCUCACACUAUACCAAAAACACACAGCUCACAUUCCAACCACACAUCACACACACAGAACAAAAACCAGUCGAAGCAGCAGACAAGGCCACAUUCUGCAGACUUUACGCAUUACAAGGACUCCGCCACGCAAACAACUGACACACAAGUGAACAACAACAACACAGACAGAACUACAGCUACCGCACAUACACAACGACCACACACACCAUCUGCUGAGGCAACAGAGCCACAAUCAUCUGUCAAACACAAGUAUGACUCGGCUAAAAUCCAGCACACUGAUGAACACACGCACCAACACACAUCAGUCUGUAUCACUGCUACACAUCCAGCUCCUUCCCUUUACAGUGACUUAAAAUGUACAGACACUCCACGCAAAAACUCGAAACCCACCUGUUCUAAACCAGCCACACCCAUUGCGCAAACCAAAAGCACCCAGGGGACCCCAAAAACUCCCAAACAAACAACAUCUAAGGAAGAGAUGAAACUCAAGGACUACACAAAACAGAAGAGCAAAUCAUUUGAGGACCACACUCUGCCUUGUACGACUCAUUUGAAAGCACAAUGUAAUGGAGCUCCCGGAGGGUUGUUGGAUAAAACCACAGGGAAGCCCCCCCGCGGGCUGGAGAGCCAGCUGCAUAGUGUGGAAGAGAACCUACAGUCGAAUCAGGAGAAGAUCAAGGUGCUUCUCAACGUCAUACAAGACCUGGAGAAGAGCAAGGCCCUCAGCGAAGGGCGCAGCUCAUACAGAACUGGCCAGGACAUUAACAACUGCCCCACCUGCCAAAAGACAGCCUGCAUCAUCUACAGUGUGGAGCAUGAUUUCCGACAGCAGGAGGGACGCUUCCAGGGGGUGAUGGAGGCCCUGGAUGGGGAGUAUGAUGUGCCUGCAUUGACUCUGACCAAGCCCACCCUAGCCCCUUCUUCCGCAAGUCGUCCCAGCACCAAGGCGCGUGUCAAGAAGCUCCGUAAGAAGUGUUUUUGGUGGCUGUAAAAUCUGGGAAAAAGCACCUUUCCAAGCAUAUGGGUGUAGCAGGAGACUACAGGCCUCAAACUUUUGGAACAUAGUGUUCCCCUCCUGGUCUCCGGGGUGUGACAUGUGUUUCAGUGUCAUUUAAAUCAGUGGUGGCUUUUUUUUAAGCAGCAUCCCUGUAAAUGGCACUUUUCCCACAGCAAUCCAUCUUCAGCUCUACAAAAUAUACACUACAGGACGAGGUAGAGAAAGAAAAAAUGGGGAUCUGCUGAACUUUGUUCUCUGAUAUACCCAAGAGGGUUAUUGAGGAAGACCAUGACCCUCCCUCUGUGGGACUCAAGCAGCUAAUAUGAGAUUACAUUUUGACUCAAAGUGAGGAUACUGUUCUCCCAUUAUAAUUAAAAAAGAGAUGAAGCAUCAAAUCUUUGGAUGACAGACAGGAGUAUUAUUUUUCACUUGGCUGAGUGGUUGGUGAGGCAUAUGGACAGAUGUAUGAACAGAUUUAUCCCAAGAUGGAUUCACGCUACAGCUGGGAAAUAAUCCCCACAUCAAUCUUUUCUGAGUCCCAGCUAUAAGCACUGGUAUCAGAAUGAUUUUGAUGAUCCAAGCAAUCUAACAACAAAAUCGGAAUACUGUGUCUUUGGACGGAGUGAGAGCCAACAUGAAUGUAGCAACGACUGAACAGCUAUAGAGGACAUAUGUGGGACAGAAUGAUGCUCUCUGGAAACAAACAGCUCGCUGGAUGGAUAUCAGGGUUUGGAGAGCACAGUGGACUGUGUUAAGAAUACAUUAAGAGAAGAAGUGAUAGGCAGCACGCCGAUAGACCUUUUCAAAGUGCUUUAAAAAAUGCUGUCAGCGUUGUUUGACAGAGUGAUUGAUUCUCACCUUUGACCUCACCAGGACAAAGUGGAAGUGUUUUGUUGUAAACUCAAGCUUGUUUUAAGGAUUUCACACACACACACACACACACACACACACACACACACACACAC